CACAAGAGAUGACAAUUAAUUUAAGGCCCUCAACGAUGCAAUCUACGCGUAUUAUUUCGUCUUGAUCGUGAAGAGCAUAUUAAGCCCUAACUGAAGAUCCGCAAAAGUGCAUAUUUUAUGUGGCACUAAGAAUGACUCACAGCUGUUUUAUGAAUGCAUCUAGUAGAACAUCUGUAACCAGUUCUGCCUUCAAGCGAACUGGGGGCAAUCCCCUCGAUCUAUAUACCCAGACACGCCUAAGCGUGCGGCUUUUGUGACGUUUUGGUACGAACAACGCAGAAUUGACAAUCAAUACCAAAAUAUCUGCCCUGGGCCUUGCUUAUAAACACGCGACGGGUCGUUUGACGCUCUCAGACGCGUUUCAGUUUCAGAGUCAGUCGGACAAAUUCUUGGCUGUCGCACACAAAAAUAUGGAAACUUCCCAUUUAUUCGCUUUGUUUUUGCUGCUCGCCGGGGUAAACGCCUAUCCGCAAUUCCCGAAUUGGAAUGCACCGAAUCCCGACGACCAGCUGCUGAAUACCUUCAUCCGUGGGCAGCCGAUUGGACCUUCCAGCUCCACGACAACGCCUCAGCCAACAACAGCAUCGCCACGCGUCCUGGCCUGCAUCCAAUCCUGUCCAGCGACCAGCGAAUAUAAUCCCAUUUGCGGCAGCGACAACGUUAACUAUUAUAAUGCGGGACGUUUCGACUGUGCGGUUCGCUGUGGUCAAAAUGUUCGUCGUUUACACUUGGGAAUCUGCAGCACAACGUAGAGCCAAGCUGAAUGGGAAUUUCAAUUCUUCCAGUAACUAGUCUGUUCCACAAUCUGCAGUUCAAUGCUUAAUGAAUGACCUUUAAAAAAAAAUAUGUGAAUAAAAACAAGCGUACACUAAUUAGGCGACUGUGCUUGACCAACUGAUACCCUGUACAAAAAAUACAAAAAAUACUUAUGCAUUUAUAUGAAUCACUUAGCCAACAUUUCGAUUAAAUACAGACAGAAAAAUAUCUUCUGUUAAAUCUGUAUUCCAUAUAUGAAAGUCAACUAAGGCAAAUCUUAUUUUAAAUAAAUUU